AUGCAAUUCCUCUCGGAUCCGGUCACUGUCGCAAAGGCGAAAUCUAUGGCCAAGAGCAUGGAUCCUGUCACGCUUCUCCAUAUCACUGCAACGCCAGAGUACGCGGAGCCUAUUGAUCGCACGGUUGAGAUUGGAAAGCCACUUGACCCAGACAUCAGGUUCGAGAAUGACUUGGGGAACUUGAACCGCUUCCCGCUCGAGAUACUGCUGGAGAUAGUCGAGCAUCUCGACGUUGCCAGUGCCAUGGACUUUUCUAUGGCUAAUCGAAUGGCCCGUCACGUUGUUGCCAGAAGCUCGGUGACAUUCAUAAAGAAAUGGGCCCCCAAAUUGCCGAGGGAUCUCUGGCUCGCCCGCAUCCCCCGGCGUUUUGCGGUCUGGGAGUUGAAAGAGGCAAUUCGGAGUAAACACUGCAUCUCAUGCGGCCAACUGGCCUGUUCGAUCUGGCUUGUAGAGAUGGUUCGUUGUUGCGUGCAGUGCAUGCAACACUUCCCGGCCAAUUGGUGCCUAACUAAGGCACAAACAACCGCGGCCUUUGCCCUGCCUUUGGACGAGAUAGCUAAGAUUGGACCGAUCUUCGCCAUAGGCAUGCGUGAGGAGGAUGUCAUAGUGAACAGUUCCCGCGGCAAGGACGUGUUAGGCUGCUGGGUUUAUCCGAUCAGGCGCACACUCGCCAGAGCGAUGGAGUUGUACGGUUCCCGCGAAGCCAUCAAGACUGCUGCACAGCAGAUUCGCACAGGUAUUCAGGACCCGAGGUUUGCUGUUGUUCAAAAUUCUGUUUCCGUGUCCGAGUUCGAUUGUGAUAAAUUCCGCGCUGCUCGUCUGGAGCCUUUGACCCCGGCUCAAUUGUACAGUGGCGAGUUCAGACACGUCUGGGCUCUUUCUUCAAUCGCUAAUGGCAACGCUAUCUGCGCUCCCAUCGUCCCUCAUGCGCAGAAGCAACUGUUCAUUUACGCAUGCCGCGGUUGCGUUGCUCUUCUCCGCCAUCCCAGCGUAGUACAUCCCCAUCUUGGGUCGUUUGAUGAUGAAACAAAACGAUGGCUGAACAUUGACCAAUCCCGUACUGCAAACGAGACAUACUUUGAAGUCUGCUGGCGCCCAUACCGCAUGAGGUCUAUAGAUGGGAUGGUUGAGCAUAUUCAAACAGAAUGCUUGGGCGGCUUGUCCAUGAUCUACAAAAAGCGUGCAGCGUCGGGGCCGGAUGCCACUGGCUUCUAG